AUGGCGCCGCAGUAUCAGAUCAAUGCGGAUCGGCGGUAUAGCAUCGCUUGCGUAGGAGGAGGUAUUGGUGGAUUGUGCACAACCAUAGGCUUGCUCCAUCAAGGCGUACCAGUGGAGAUCUACGAAGCUGCGCCAGCCUUCGCAGAGAUCGGAGCAGGCGUAUCACUAGGACCCAAUGCCGCGCGAGCUAUGCAGCUGAUCGAUCCAGCCAUCUACGAAGGCUUCCUAAAGUGUGCAACGAACAAUGCAUGGCCGGAGCAACAGCACUCGUGGUUCACGUUUCGAAAGGGGCAAGAUAACACGUCAAAGUUUGGUACGAAGAUACUCGACUUGUGGUGUGAGACUGGGCAGAGCAGCGUACAUCGCGCGAGGUUUCUGGACGAGCUGGUAGCGCUCGUGCCGAAAGAGAUCGCACACUUCGGCAAAGCACUUCAAGACAUCGAGGACAAGGGUGACCACGUCAUACUACACUUUGCUGAUGGAACAACCGCGAAACAUAGUGCAGUCAUUGGGUGUGAUGGCGUCAAGAGCCGGACGAGAGAGGUCCUUCUCGGCAAAGAGCAUCCGGCAACCAAGCCAUCGUUCUCGGGCAAAUACGCAUAUCGUGGGCUUAUCCCAAUGGAGGAUGCGGCAGCCCUCAUGGGCGACGAGCUGGCGCGAAACUCUCAAAUGUUCAUGGGCCAAGGUGGCCACAUUCUCACGUUCCCGAUCGAGCGUGGACAGACCAUGAAUGUUGUGGCCUUCGGAACCAAAGAAGAUGGACAGUGGGAGGAUCCUGAAUGGGUCAAGCCAAUGAAUAGAGAGGCCAUGUUCGAAGACUAUAGCGGAUGGACGGAAGCAACGCAGCAGAUAUUGAGCAUGAUGCAGAAGCCCGACAUUUGGGCGCUGUUUGAUCACCCGCCGGCACCAACAUACACUAAAGCCCGGAUAUGCAUACUUGGAGACGCUGCACAUGCUUCAACGCCCCACAACGGCGCUGGUGCUGGCCAAGCUAUUGAGGACGCCCUUUGCAUGAGUCGGGUCAUGCGCCUUGUCUACGAUGCUGCAGAUAUCUCGAGGGCCUAUGCAGCCUUUGAUCAGAUCCGGAGACCACGGUCGCAGCGGCAGGUACAGAUCGCUAGAGACAGUGGUUGGCUGUACGAUCUGCAAUUGCCAGGAUAUAUGGACGACUGGGAGAAGAUCAAGGAGUUGUUGCAGACUAAGCAGAAGUGGGUGUGGGACCACGAUCUUGAGGCAGACGUUCGGGAGGCCGAGAGAGUAUUCAGAGAGGAGACGGCGAGAUUAUGA